AUGACGAUCACAGCGAUGUUCCUGCUUGCCUCCGUCGUGGGGGAUGGCAACUCCAAUUCCCUGCAGAGCAUGCUGCAAUCGAUAUCCAUGGUUGUGAUUCACGUACUCUGCGUCAGUUUAUGCACCGUCGCCUAUAGAUUAUCGUCAUUCCACCCGCUUCACGAGUUUCCUGGCCCAUUUCUCGGAGCGGCGACCGCAUUAUACAGUGCCUACGUUGCCUCUACGGGCAAACGGCAUCUCGUGAUCCAAGGUUUGCAUGCGAAGUACGGCAAGAUAGUGCGCACCGGACCUAAUUCACUCUCCAUCAAUGCACCGAAUGCAAUCGGCAAGAUUUACGCUCAAGCCAACUGCAUGAACAAGAGCGAUGCCUACCUCCUUGGAAGAUCCAAGCAUUCUGGGCUCUUCUUCAUACCCGACCGGGAGGAGCACAAUCGCAGGAGGGAUAUUUGGUCCAGUGCUUUCACUCCAUCAGCGAUUGACGGUCACCGCGCUACCAUCGAACGCAGGGGAGACAUCGUUUUCGGUGGAUCAAAUCGCUUGGAGCUCAUGCUCGAAGGCGAUCCUCAUCAGUACGUGAAGUGCGGGCAAAUUGCGACGGCCGCGUUUGAUGUCCUUGGAGAAGUUCCUUGGUUGUUCGAUCUCUUAUGGUACCUGCCCCUGACACAAGACAUUCACGCGCUGGAACAAUUUGCUGCUACACUAAUGUCUACGCGCCGUCGUGACUCAAAUGGACCACAUCAAGAUAUCUGUUCAAGCUUGGCUGUGAAGUUGGGUGAAGUAGACGACGGAACCAGCGCACUUAGCGAUGGGGAGCUCAACGUGGAUGCCUUGUUUGCUAUUCAAGCCGGCUCCGACUCCACGGCAUCGGUGUUGAAUUUCGCCUUCUAUUACCUGCUGAAUGACCGGUCCAAAUACGAGAAACUCCAAGCAGAGCUAGAUGACGCAUUCCCUACUGGUUCGGAAAUCACGUCUUCCCGACUCAAUGGCCUCCCUUAUCUCAACGCGGUGGUCGAUGAAGCUCUACGACUUGGAACGCCAUUUUCUGGUCUCUCUAGGGUUGUUCCUGAAGGCGGAGCGAUGAUUGAUGGACAUUUCAUACCAGGCGGAACAAUCGUCGGCGUUCCAGCAUACACCCAACAGGUAUCGGCAGAAAAUUUCUCUCCGGAACCCGAAGCAUUCCGUCCAGAACGCUGGAUUAACGAUAGUACGGCUGAUUCCACUGCCACGAAUUCUCUUCUGAAGAGUUCAUGA